GCUUCCCAAACGGCGCCGCUGCUGCUGCACUCUAUUGCAAUGCUGCCUAUCCCGGCUUUUAUAUGCCCAACUUCGGUGUUAAGCGGAAAGGUGGUCAAAUUCGUUUCACCUGUCAGCAGACAAAAAAUCUCGAAAAUCGUUUCGCCAGCUCAAAGUAUCUCUCACCUGAAGAACGUCGCCAUCUGGCACUGCAACUCAAACUUUCCGAUCGUCAAGUGAAAACGUGGUUUCAAAAUCGUCGCGCUAAAUGGCGACGUUCCAAUCAAAGCAAGCGUGCACCUCCCUCACACCUGUUGAGCCAAGCUUUGAGUGGCGGUGCGCCUGGUGUUGUGGAUAGCAGUGGUACCGCUGUUGCUACACCGCAUAGCUGUAGUCGAGGCAAUGGCAUCUUGUCUGAGGAGGACGAUGAUGAUAUUGAUGAUGUGGAAGAUAGCGAUGAGGAGAAGUAA